AUGAAGGUCUUCCUGCCCCUGCUGCUGGCCGCCCUCCUGGGCGCGGAGCAAGCCCACUCGCUGGUGUGCUUCUCCUGCACCAACCAGCAGAGCAACUUCUACUGCCUGCGGCCCACCGUGUGCGAGGCCGCGGACAACUACUGCGUGACCGUGUCCGCGGCGGCCGGCAUCGGGAACGUGGUGGACCUCGGCUACAGCCUGAACAAGGGCUGCUCCCCCAUCUGCCCCGCGCCGCCCGGCAUCAACAUCGGCGUGGCCUCCGUGGGCACCCACUGCUGCCAGAGCUUCCUGUGCAACUUCAGCGCCGCCCGCGGGCUGCGGGCCAGCUCCGCCCUGCUGGGCCUCGGGCUGCUGCUCAGCCUGCUGGCCCUGCUGUGGCCCGGCCCCUGA